AUUCCUAAAUCGCUCCCACCACCUGAAUCUGGGACACAUUUUGUCAGCAGCCCCGAAGCAUGGCUCCCUCUGUGGUAACUGAACAGCCAGUGUAAUUUGACACUUCAACUUGCUGUGGCUCUGUACGGUAGUUGAUUCAGUCACUCACACACACCAACGGUACAGUGGGCGCUAUUUUCUUGUAUUUUAAAGUGAAAAGGAACGCAGUAUACACGAGAUUCGGGAAAACAAAGUGGAUUUCUUCUUCUAGCCGAGGUUCCAAGCUAAAAGUCCGGUGUACGGUGAAGACCAGUGAGGACCGCUCCUGAAGGAUAUACAUGAAGGGAGGGGUGGGGGUGAGGGGGGCUUGUGACAUCACUCCCAGCCCAGGUCAAAGUCCACACAGGCGUGUUCUAUGAUUGAUGAGGAAGUAGCGAAGGCUUUGGUUAAUAGGAAACACAGGAACCUCCCUCUCCGCUGAGUGUUGAUGGCGUCACGUUAGGCUAGAGGAAGCAGGAAGCAGUCAUCAAGAUGAACGCGUUGCCGUCGAUGGACCGGCACAUCCAGCAGACCAACGACAGGCUGCUGUGUAUCAAACAGAUUGGAAAACACAGAAAGGCGCUAAUGGAAAGACACCUACAGAACCCGGCUAACUUCCACACAGCAGCAACAGAGCUGCUGGACUGGUGCGGAGAUCCCCGAGCCUUUCAGAGACCUUUUGAACAAAGCCUCAUGGGAUGCCUAACGGUGGUGAGUCGUGUGGCAGCCCAACAAGGCUUUGACCUGGACCUAGGCUACAGGCUGCUGGCUGUGUGUGCUGCUAACAGAGACAAGUUCACGCCCAAGUCUGCAGCCCUGCUGUCAUCGUGGUGCGAGGAGCUGGGUCGCCUCCUGCUGUUGCGUCACCAGAAGAGCAGACAGAACGAGUCCCCUCAGGGCAAAGUCCCCAUGCAGCCCAGCAUAAACACCAUGAAACCCCCUGGAGGACUCUCACAUGGUGAUGGGUCAUUUGCCUACGACUCAGUUCCAUGGCAACAGAACACCAACCAGCCCCCGGGGUCAUUGUCUGUUGUUACCACCGUGUGGGGUGUGACCAACACGUCACAGAGUCAGGUGUUGGCCAACAGCUCCAGCCAUAUGAACCCAGGUGGUAACCCCAUGGGCCAGGGUAUGUCAGGGGGUCCGGCAGGCCUCAACUCCCCCCAGUUUCCCGGCCAGCAGCAGCAGUUCCCAGCCAAGGGAGGCCAGGGUCAGGGCUACAUGCAGCAGGGGAUGUAUGGCAGGCAGGGAUACCCCGGUGGAGGGGGCUACAGCGGGAGUUACCCAGGUGGUCCUAACACUCCCCCAGGGGGGAUGGGCAUGCCUCAACACUCACGCCAGCCUGGCGACUUCACCCAACCAGCAGCUGCUGCUGCUGCCGCUGCUGUUGCCGCCGCCGCUGCUACGGCAACCGCCACAGCAACUGCUACCGUGGCAGCCAUGCAGCAGGAGACCCAGAACAAAGAGAUUAACCAGUAUGGACAGAUGUGUUCCUCCUUCCAGAUGGGCCCAGGCCAGGCCUACAACAACCAGUUCAUGAACCAGCCCGGCCCCAGAGGGCCCCCUGGAGGCAUGAACCCAGGCAACAUGGGCCAGGCCAUGAACAACCCGAGCAUGGGUGGGCCUACCAUGGGCAUGAACCAAACUCAAUCCCCAGGCAUGGGGCCUUUCGGGGCCCAUGGCCAGAGGAUGCCCCAGCAGGGCUACGGAGGACCUGGAGGCCCCAGGCAGGCCAUGCCUAUGCAGGGCAUGAAGAGGCCCUAUCCUGGGGAGCCAAACUACGUGGGUCAGCAGUAUGCUCCUAACGGUCAGUUCCCUCCCCAGCAGAGUCAGUACCCCACCUCUAACCCACCCAGGCCGAUGCCCUCCCCAAACUACCCCGGCCAGAGGAUGCCCGGAGGGCAGGGGCAAGGCCAGUACCACCCGCAAGGCAUGCCCAUGGGACAGUACUAUAGGCAAGAGCCAUUCAACGGUCAGAACAGAGGUGGAUACUCAUAUAGCCAAGGCAACGGGGCCCCCAGGCCAGGUAACUACCCCCACUCCCCGGUGCCUGGUAACCCCACUCCUCCUAUGACCCCCGGAAGCAGUAUGCCCCCGUACCUCUCGCCCAACCAGGAUGUCAAGCCCCCGUUCCCGCCUGACAUGAAACCAAAUAUGGCAGCGCUUCCACCUCCCACCAAUCCCAACGAGGAGCUGCGGUUGACCUUCCCGGUCCGGGACGGCGUGGUGUUGGAACCUUUCCGGUUGGAACACAACCUCGCCGUCAGUAACCACGUCUACCACCUACGACCGUCGGUACACCAGACCCUCAUGUGGAGGUCAGACCUGGAGCUGCAGUUCAAGUGUUACCACCAUGAGGACCGACAGAUGAACACCAACUGGCCUGCCUCCGUCCAGGUCAGUGUCAACGCCACACCGCUGACCAUCGAGCGGGGCGACAACAAGACGUCCCACAAACCCUUGCACCUGAAGCAAGUGUGUCAGCCUGGCAGAAACACCAUCCAGAUCACCGUCACCGCGUGCUGUUGUUCGCACCUGUUUGUGCUGCAGCUGGUCCACAGGCCUUCAGUCCGCUCCGUGCUGCAAGGGCUCCUGAAGAAGAGACUCCUGCCUGCAGAACACUGCAUCACCAAGAUUAAGAGGAACUUCAGCAGUGUUGUGGCCUCGUCGGGUAACACCAGUCUAAAUGGGGAGGACGGAAUUGAGCAGACCGCCAUCAAAGUCUCCCUCAAAUGUCCAAUCACCUUCAGGCGCAUCCAGCUGCCCGCCAGGGGGCAUGACUGCAAACACGUACAGUGUUUUGAUCUGGAGUCGUAUCUGCAGCUGAACUGUGAGAGGGGGAUGUGGAGGUGUCCUGUAUGCAAUAAAACUGCCUUGUUAGAGGGUCUAGAGGUGGACCAGUACAUGUGGGGAAUCCUCAACGCCAUCCAGAAUUCGGAGUUUGAGGAGGUGAACAUUGACCCAUCGUGUAGCUGGCGGCCAGUGCCCAUCAAAUCUGACCUCCAUAUUAAAGAAGACCCUGAUGGACCACUGGCCAAACGCUUCAAGACCAUGAGCCCCUCCCAGAUGACCAUGCCCAACGUCAUGGAGAUGAUCGCCCAGCUGGGCCCUGGCCCAUCCCAUUACCCAUCAGGCCCUGCUCAGCACGGGGGCAUCGGCGCCGGGGGCAACCCAGGGGAGUAUGGUGGCCCGAGAGGCCCAGGCAACACUUACCACGGUCACGGGAACUUUGACUUCGCCCACGGUAACCCCUCGGGCGGGGGAGGUGGUGGAGGUGGACCGAGAGGAGGAGGAUCCCCCAUGAGUGACUUUAUCCACACCCCUCAGCUGUCCCACCCCCCAGACUUCCCCGGGGGUCUUCUAUCCCAGGACAAGCCCCUCAGCCACGGCAUCAACGGCCCUAUGUCUCAUCCUUCCAGCACUGAUCAGUCCCAUAAUUCCAUGCAACAGCAGAGCUUGCACGCGCCUCCUCACCCCAACAGCCAGUUGAUACAUCACGGUGGCAGCCAAUCAGGGCAGUCGUUACAUCACAGCGGCCAUCGUUGCUGCCCCCCUCGCCAGCAGGCCCCGCCUCCCCAGCUGCAGCAAGGCCAGAACAGCCACCAGCACAGCGAUCUGAACUUUAACCCCUCCUCUGGCAUUGAAGGUCAAAUCAGUGGUGACAUGCCCGAGCCCUCUCUAGAUCUGCUUCCAGAGCUGGCCAACCCAGACGAGCUCCUGUCCUAUCUGGACCCCCCGGACCUCCCCUCCAACAGCAACGAUGACCUGCUCUCCCUCUUCGAGAACAAUUAACCUUUCGCCUCCCUCACCCCUCGAGCCAAACCCAAAUCUUCUCUACAGACACACACACACCACAGGCUGUGUGUCCAACCAGCUGGACUCUCCAUAGAGUCCAUAGACACACCGUCAUCCUCAUAUGGACUGGUAGUGGGGACUCUUCCGAGUGGACUUACCCAAUGUGUAGUGCACUUCAGACCCAGGGUUCAAAGUUCAAACCCCCAGUCAGGUCACACCUCCUACACACCCGGGUUCACACCCCGUCGGACACACACACACACACACACAAUGUUUUGUCAAUUGUGGCAUAGACGUGUAGGUGGCAUGAGGUCAUCUGUCAGACCAUGAGAUGAUGAUGAGGUGACAGUCUGGAUGUCAGGGAGUGGACGCUGUGUGUGAAAGAGACAGGAAACAGGAAAUGCACUCAUGUCCUCACUUCCUCACACACACUCUUCCUCAUGUAAAGAAUCGCGGAGCUGCGGAGCUCCACUGGCCGACGACAACACAUCGACAGCCAAUGUCGGCUGUCUAGUCCUUAAGUGAUAUUAUAUCGAAAGAAAACUGUGCAGCUAUUAAUCACGUUCUAUGCGUAUGACCUCACAGGCCGAACUCUCUGUGUGGGCUUUUAGGAAAAAGUGUUGUAUUGUUUUAUCAUUCUUAUUUCCCCCAUUAUACAAAAACAAAGAAAAACAUACAAUAAUAGGAAAGAAAAGUCAUCUUUUUGUCCUGGCCAGUGUUUCUAUCAAUCCUAUUUUGAUGUGUGUUCUUCCAAGCCCUGAUCCCCUGAGACCACGACCUUUAACACCUGACCUUUGACCUAAAUAAAGUGUGUUCUUAUCACCUCUGACCCUUAGCUCACAGUGUGUUUCCAUCGUGACAUCAGUCAGUCAGCACUGGGUCCGUUCCAUCCAUUCUACUGAAGCACAACAGACAGCCCCACACCACAUCACAGGCAGAGCACUGAGAGGAGAGACCAAGGCCUGUUGGGGAGGAUUCUAACCUUCUAGCUAGCCCAACCCAGUCUAUCGAAGAAUCAGCACUGUUAACUAUUCUGUCUGUCCAUCAACCCGUCCAAUGUUGUUAAAGUUUCUCUUCCCUGAUAUUGCAGUACAAUGCCAUGUCGGGCUGUGGGCUAUACAAAAAUGAAUUUUACCAAUACAUUAGUUUUGGGUUAGAAUGAUAUAGAAUUGUGUGGGAGAGAGAGAGAAGUGUGUGUGUGUGUGCGUGUGCGUGCGUGUGCAAGAGAAAGAGUGAGGAUGAGAUUGAAGGAAAAAGAGAAGAGUCCCUGUUUAGUCUAUAAUAGACAGAAACAUCUAGUGUUGCAAAAGAUAUUGGGCCCUUGUAAUAGAGCCAGAAUGAAAGUUAGCCUGUUUCUCCCUCUUUAAGGUGAGUCUUCCUCUGUUCUACAGGCCUGCGAUUGCUCCUGUAACUAUACUGUACGGUGUGGCUCUACCAUGUGUUAAGAAGUGCAUGUGUGCCAAUGGCCUCUGUUCUAAAUUAGAGGGAAAGAAUAUUGUCUUUUUUAUUUUAUAGUCAUUGCAUUUUUUUUAAAUCAUGAUUUAAUUUGACAUUUUCUUGCAAAGGAAUGAUUUUGGUUAAUGGUAAUGUAUUGUCCAACUUUUUUAUUUUCAUGUUUGUUCCACUUUGACUGUUCAUUGGAAAAUUGCCAUGCGUGAUACAUCACCAAAGUUAUCCCACAGUUUGCAGGAGUUGGCCUGGACAUUACUAUAAUGUAUGAAUGAUCCCUUCUAUGCUUUAAGCAUACUCCUAGGGAACCCAUCAAACAUUAUUCUGAAUAAAUGUGUGGUUGCACUGCAUUUUCUGUGUCUUGUUACUGUUAAACUGUAUUUUGUCAUCUUAAAAAAAAAGGAAAAGCACACAUGAUCCCACAAUGGUUUAUAAAGACAAUUUUCAUUGUUGUCGUCCUGACAAUGUAUGCUUUAAAUAUAUUUGCUAAUGUAUUGAGGGAAAAGUGACUUUACCCCCAGUCUUUUUUUGUUUUAAGUCAAAAGUCUAAUACCGUCUGGAAUUGAAUGUGAGUUCUUUGACAUUUUUGUGCUACUCUCUUUUGUACAACACAAGAUCAUCAUGUGUAUUAUUCUAUCCUCGUAGCGUUUUUGAUAUUCUUCUCCUAUUUUAAGUUAUUACUUUGUUUAUCUAUUAAGUGACUUUGUGAGAAUAAUCAUAAUUUGGUUUACAUCAGAUUAUGUAGCCUACUAAAUGAAAUUGAAGAUUUCUAGAUCAAUCCGUGGAUAUUGUUUGGAUUUAGGAAUGAUCCCCAAUGCUGGUUGAAUCACCUGAACACAACUGGUCCUUUAGUCUGUCUAUUUGUUGAAGACAAUGCACUGCCACAGCGAGGUAUUUUGACUCCCCUGCUCUGUAGAUCUGUGUAGACAUGAUGCUGAAGGCUGGUCUAUCAACGUUACUCUCUAUAUACGCCACAUAGAGGUUUGAGUCUUGUCCGAGGUUCAGGCUCCACACACAACUGUAGCUGGACAGUCAAUGGACACAAGUGGAGUGUGUUAGAGGAAGCAUUGUAUUUUCGGCCCUCUCUACUCGGCCACUUAAAUGCAAGAGAAGAGAAAGAAAUGGGUCUGGAGGGUCUAAGGAAUGCAUGUACAUUAUGUAAAUGACAAAUAGAGACACAUUAACUUACAGAAAUGUAGACAUUUUCCCCACGCAGGGGACAAUGAUACGCAUUGUGUAUUUAGAAUUUGUAAAGUUUGCAUCCUCCUGUCAGAAGAGACUGUUGAAUUGUGGGAAAAGGAGUCCGUGUUUGAGAUAGUCUGUACAGUCCUCUCUCUCCCUGACCACAUUUGUUCAUUUAUGUAAGAUACUUUAUUAUCUACUUCUCAAACACGGCCGUUGGAAGAAAAAAAAAUACACACUUGUUUCUCUUUGUGUAAAAUUCAACUUCUGUGUAUUUCUCUAUUACCUGUGUACUUUAUAAAGGUGCUACAACAACAAAAUAAUAAAGAAAAUUUUGAGGUACCAAUCGGGAUUUGUGGGAACCAUGAGUGGUUCCUAAAAAGUGUUGAUACAAAAUUUACAGUUUGUACAAUUUUGUCAAAUUUACAGUUUUUACACGAUUAGGCAAAAAAUAUGACUUCCGAGGUACAAUCUGAAGUGAUUGACACACCAGGUGGCAGUUGUCUUUUUUUGUUUUGUACAUUCUGUGUACAGUCAUUUCAUAUACUAAACUGGUCAGAAAAGAAGAAUUGUGAUUUUUAGUCUUGCAAAACUGUAUGUAGUUAGAUGACGUGACAUCCUAAUAUUUAUCUAAUAAAUAUGUAUUCAAA